AUGGUCAUUCCCGUUUCAGCAAUUGGUUCCUCUAAGCAACCUUCCAGUCAAGAUACAACAGUUGGUCCAGUGAACGACAAAGAGUUGAGCGAAUCGAGACUGGUGGGUCUGGAGCGGACAUGUGCUGGGCAACUGCUCGUUCGUUACCGAGGACGGUGGGGCUCCGUCUGUAGUAGUCUGUGGGAUUCAACAGCUGGAGAAGUCGUCUGCAGACAGAUUGGUUGCAACGCCUAUCACGCAACAUUACCUAUCCCGCUCUCACAAGAAACAGGACCUAUUUUGUUGGAGAAAGUUCAUUGCAACGGCACUGAGUCAUCACUAUCGGAAUGCUCAUUCAGUGCUUCAGACCAGCAGAGCUGUGAAACUGGGACCGUUGUAGGCUUCUUCUGUAAAGGGAAUUCUCAGUUUGGGGCUGGUUAUGUGCCGAUGCUGAACUUUGGACUUCAUUGCAAAGGCACUGAGGAGGACCCCUGGAAAUGUGAGCUGAAACCUUUGGCUCACAAAAACUGCUCUGCGGAGAAAGAAGCAGCUGGUGUUGUUUGUUCAGAACACAGAGAGCUAAGAUUGGUUGGUGGAACGGAUGGAUGCUCUGGAAGAUUGGAGAUACAGAAAGGGAAUACUUGGGGCACAGUGUGUGAUUCACAUUGGGAUUCACAAGACGCUCGUGUGGUUUGUGCUUCCUUGAAAUGUGGUGAAGUGAUAGCAGUGCUCAGAGAGGCUCAGUUUGGAGAAGGCAGUGGUCCUGUGUGGCAGGAUGUCUAUGAAUGCCAGGGUAAUGAGACGAUUCUCUGGGAUUGCCCCAUAUUACAAAGCAAACAAAUGAAUUGCACACACAGAAAUGACGUCAGUAUCAUUUGUUCUGGUCAAAGGGGACCACGAUUAGUUGGUGGUAAUGAUACCUGCUCAGGCCGACUGGAGAUACUCAUGGAUGAUACCUGGGGCACAGUUUGCGAUACCGACUGGGAUUUACAGGAUGCAGCAGUUGUCUGCAAUCAACUCGCUUGUGGAGCUGCGUUAGCAGCACCAGGAGGCGCAUUUUUCGGAGAGGGAAAUGGAUCGAUAUGGAAUGACAAAUACGAAUGUAUUGGCAAUGAAAUGCAAUUGCGUGACUGCACGGUUUCAUCCUGGGGACAGCAUCGGUGUUCCCACAGCAAUGAUGCUGUGGUCAUCUGUACUAGUAGGUAUUGGCAGAUGCGACUGGCCAAUGGGGAGACCAUUUGUGAUGGCCGAGUAGAAGUUUACGAUGGCGGCACAUGGGGGAGAGUGACUGACACUCAGUGGAAUUUCAAUGAUGCGGACGUAGUUUGCAGACAACUGAAUUGUGGCUCUGCAAUUAACAUUUACAACCACUCGAAGUUUGGGAAAGGCACAGGUCCAUCAUUGAUCAACAAUGUCAAAUGCAAUGGCAAUGAACCCUUCCUGUGGAAUUGCAGUUUUACACAAAUGGAAGAGUUGUCCAUUGCCGAUGGAGUUGGGGUGGUUUGCUCUGAUCAUAUUCAGAUACGAUUGGUGGAUGGUGGAAGUCGCUGUGCUGGAAGGGUGGAGCUGUAUUCCAAUGGAACCUGGGGAACUGUGUGUGAUGAUUCCUGGGAUUUAGAAGAUGCCCAAGUUGUCUGUCAACAUCUGAAAUGUGGACAGGCUCUAAAUGCAACGAUUUCCAGUUGGUUUGAUCCAGGAGUGGGACCUAUCUGGUUAGAUAAUGUGAAAUGUCGAGUGAAUGAUUCCAUUUUGUGGGAAUGUCUAGCAGGAUCUUGGGGUGAGAUUGACUGCAACCAUAAAGAAGAUGCUGGAGUUAUCUGCUCAGGUGAGAUGGCUAUGAGGCUGCAGGAUGGAGCGAACCACUGUCAGGGCAGAGUCGAGGUUUUCUAUAAUGGAACCUGGGGGACUAUUUGUGCUGAUUCGUUUGGAAUAAAAGAAGCGGAAGUUAUAUGUAAACAGCUCGGGUGUGGCUCUGCCCAAUCUGUGGAAGGUGCUGUUACAUUUGGAAGCGGUUCUGGACAGAUCUGGCUCGAUGAUGUGAGCUGUCGUUUGCACGAUACACUUCUGUGGCAAUGUCCAUCUUCACCAUGGGGCAAACAUAAUUGCAACCACCAGGAGGAUGUCGGAAUCAUUUGUUCAGAGCUGCGGCAUCGAACAACUGUUCGGGAAGAGUUGAAAUAUUUUUCAGUGGGACAUGGGGAACGGUUUGUGAUGAUUCCUGGGACAGGCAUGAUGCCGCUGUCGUCUGCAGACAGUUAA